ACUUCUGUCAUACAGAAAGAGACAACGUGAAAGUCAAGCCGAACCGAAAUACGAUUUAACGUUAAAGAUAUUGUUAUAAAUGUUGUUUUUUUGUCUUACGGUCCUCGUAACAUGCUUUACUCGUAGAGCUCUGUGCGCAUGAAGGAGCGGCUUUUUUCGGGAUGUUUCAGGCUGCAGUUAAAACGUUUUCGGUUGCAUCAACCACUUCUCGGGUAGUACUGUUAAAUAUUCGGCAUUACUGUAAGAAAACACCAACUAAACUAAGAGUGUCUGAGGCAGUUUCAGGAGCUGAACUGGGAGCAAAUAUCACAGUACAGGGAUGGGUUCGUUCUGUACGAUCCCAGAAGGCAAAUCUCUUUCUCCAUGUGAAUGAUGGGAGCUCUUUGCAGCCAUUGCAGAUUGUUGCUAGCUCAGAGCUUAAUAAUCCCUCGCUCACAUUUGGCUGUGCUGUUGAAGUCACAGGUAUUCUCAAGAAAAGUCCACACCAUAAACAGCCAGUUGAACUUGAAGCUGACCAAAUCCGUGUAGUUGGAGAAUGUAACCCUGUGCAUUUUCCCUUUAAAAUCAAAGAGAGACACAGCCUAGAGUAUCUUCGCCAGUUUCCUCAUCUGAGGUGUAGAACAAAUGCCUUUAGCUCCCUGCUGAGAAUACGAAGUGAGGCUACUUCUGCAAUUCACUCAUAUUUCAAGGAAAAUGGCUUUGUGCAGAUUCACACUCCAGUCAUCACCUCUAAUGACUGCGAAGGGGCAGGGGAGCUGUUUCAGGUUGAACCAUCAAGCCCAGAGAAUAAUGAAGAUGAGAACUUUUUCUCUGUGCCUGCCUUCCUGAGCGUCUCUGGUCAGCUUCAUUUGGAAGUAAUGUCAGGGGCUUUUUCUAAAGUCUACACAUUUGGGCCAACUUUUCGCGCUGAGAACUCCCAAAGCAGACGCCACCUGGCUGAGUUUUACAUGGUGGAGGCCGAGGUCUCCUUCACACAGUCCUUAGAGGAUCUCACCAAGGUCAUGGAGGACGUGUUCCGGUCGGCCACAGAGCAUGUCUUGGCUCACUGUCCAGGGGAUGUGGAUUUGUUUCACAAGCAUGUGACUCCUGGACACAGGGGAACUGUAGACUCUAUGCUGAAGAAGAGAUUUCCUACGAUAACCUACACUGAAGCUAUUGACAUCCUUAAUCGCAGUGCUGAGAAAUUCACCUUCCCCACACACUGGGGUUGUGACCUUCAGACUGAACAUGAGAAGCACCUGGUGAAACAUUGUGGCAACAUUCCAGUCUUUGUCACUGAUUAUCCGUAUAAUCUGAAGCCUUUUUAUGCAAGAGACAACCAGGACCCUCCUGAGCAUACAGCAGCUGCAGUGGACCUUCUUGUGCCAGGAGUUGGAGAGCUCUGUGGGGGCUCACUGAGAGAGGAGAGGCUGGAUCUGCUGAGGGCUCGGCUUGAAGAGGCUGGAUUAGAGGAGACCUACAGCUGGUAUCUGGAUUUAAGGCGUUUUGGCUCUGUCCCUCAUGGUGGUUUUGGAUUAGGAUUUGAGCGAUACCUGCAGUGUGUUCUUGGUGUUGAAAACAUCAAGGAUGCAAUUCCUUUCCCCAGAUUUUCUCAUUCUUGUCUUCUUUGAGACACCUUUUAAAGCCUAAUACACACUUUUUUUCAAUCAAAGUUUGUUCUGCGUCUUGUGAAACUUCAGCAAACAUUCAACUGUAUCUGUUUGUAGAAAAAAGGAGGGUGAGUACUACACGAUGUCAAAAAUGUCUAAAACACUGUAACUGGGAUCAGGUGCUCUUCAGGAUGAGAAUAAAACUGCAAGAAAUGAAUGAAUGACUUGCCAGAUUAUUUGCAGAUUUGAGUCUAUGGUAGAAAUGGCUGUCAAAAGCUAAAAUCUGAGGCACUCUGAUGUAAUAAAAAUCCAUUAUUAAACAAGGAUGUCUGCGCAUUUUGACUCAGAGCCUCACAAUUUUCUGUUUUACUGUCAUUUUAUGACGAUAGAAGGGAUUUACUUUUUUUUAAGAAACUGUCUGAUUAAUGUUUUUAU